CCCCGGAGUCCAGGCCAGCCCCGGGUCUGUCCCCAGGUCCUGGCAUGUAAGUGCUUCAACCUCCUGCUUCCCCAGGGACACACCCAGGACACAAACUCCUUCUUCAUGUGCAAGAAGCUGCGCUCGCUGGGGGUGAAGGUGGAGCGGAUCUCAGUGGUCCCUGACGACGUGGAUGCCAUUGCGGGCGAGAUCACCUCCUUCGCCGCCAGGUUCACCUACGUCCUGACCUCGGGGGGCAUCGGUCCCACUCACGAUGACGUCACCUUUGAGGCAGUGGCCCAGGCCUUUGGGGAGCGGGUUGUCCCCCACCCGCAUCUGGUGGCCCUGGUGCACAAGUUUUUUGGCAAGACUGACCCUGAGUGCCCUGAGAUGAAGCUGGCUUGUGUGCCCGAAUCCUCGCAACUGAACUAUGGCACAGACCAGCGCACGGGUGCCGCUGCCAAAUACCCACUGGUCAGUGUGCGCAAUGUCUACCUCUUCCCAGGCAUACCAGCACUGAUGGAGCGGGCGCUGGAGGGGCUCAAUCACCUCUUCCACAAUGAGCAAACCCGCUUCUACUCUCGGGAGAUCUAUGUGGGGGCCGACGAGACCUGCAUCGCAGCCGUGCUCAGCCAGGCGCAGGCCAGCUUUGGGAAUCUCACUAGCUUGGGCUCCUACCCAGACUGGGCCAGCAAUUACUACCGUGUGAAGCUGACCCUGGACUCAGAGUCGGAGCAGCACCUGGAGGAAGCCUACCGCUUCCUGAUGGAGCGGCUGCCCGCUGGCACUGUGGUGCCCCUGGUCACGGACCCUGUGGCGCAGGCGGCCGUGGUGGUGUACGCUCUGGCUGAGUCCGGUUCUGCCCUGGGCCAGAAGGUGGCGGCAGCGCUGCAGACCAUUGAGGAGGCCCUGGACCGCUUCGGUCUGGACAGGGUCUGCGCUGGCUUCAAUGGGGGCAAGGACUGCACAGCCCUGCUGCACCUGUUCCAUGCUGUCACGCAGAGGCGAUACCCAGGGCAUGUGGAACAGCUACAGGUGCUCUACAUCCGUAUCCCGUCCCCCUUCCCUGAGAUGGAGCAGUUCAUCCAGGCCACCACCCACAGGUACAACCUCCGGCUGCACAUGCUGCAAGGCGACAUCCGGCAGGCCCUGGCUGAGCUGCGGGUGCAGCACCCUAAGCUGGAGGCUGUGCUGAUGGGCACGCGCCGUACUGACCCCUACUCCUGCACGCUGACACCCAUGUGCAUGACUGACCCCGGCUGGCCCCCGUACAUGCGGGUGAACCCCCUGCUGGACUGGACGUACCGGGACAUCUGGGAGUUCCUGCGCACACUCUUCAUCCCCUAUUGCAUCCUCUAUGAUAAGGGCUACACCUCUCUGGGAAGCAUGAGCAACACACAGAAGAACCCGGCGCUGCGCUGCACUAAUGCCCUGGGCAGGGAGAGCUACCGCCCAGCCUACCUGCUGGAGAACGAGGAGGAUGAGCGCACCUCCCGCCAGUGACAGGCGCAGGUGCUGGGCCCCCUCCUGCCUCUGCUGUGCGCCAGCCCCUUGGGGCAUGGCCUUAUCCUGGCACUGCAGCUGCUGCCCCAUCUAGGCCCUGCAAGGAGCAGGAGCAUGGCUCUGGCACCGGGCAGGGUGCACAGUCCCCUGUGGCACUGGCUUCAGGUGCCCCAGGUGCUGUCCCUGAGCAGAAGGGUGGAGCCGGCAGGAAGCCUGGCGUGGACCCCCAGCACGGCAGUGUCCCAAUGGGGUGGAAAGACUUGGCGUGUGGCCCCAGCUCCCCAAUAAAAUGCCCUGACUGAC